AUGAACUUGAUGCCAGCCGUCGGGAUGUUACAACCAGAGGCAAACGGGAGUCCAAACGUUUCCGGUCCACCUCCAGGUCUCAGCCAUAUCCCGUUAUCGUUGUCGCCGGCUGCAAAUCGCACCGUUGGUGGUGAGUUGGUGCCCGCACCACCUGGGUUAUCGAGAUCAGCUGCUGGAGCCCCAGGUCUAGCCAAUCCCACUGCCUAUCAGUGUCCCACGGCAUUUCCUCCUUUCGGACUUGAUCGUGUGACAGCAGCUAAUCCAGCUGCUUUAGCCGUGCCCAUUCCUUCCAGUCGCAGUCCAUUGCUCGAGGAGUUUCGUAAUUCCAACACACGAUUUCAACACAUGCAUUUGUCAGAACUUCGGGACCACAUGGUGGAGUUUGCCCGGGAUCAACAUGGGUCGCGUUUUAUUCAACAAAAGUUAGAGACAGCCACGAUGAGCGAAAAGAGCGCAGUUUUCGCCGAGAUUCUUCCACACUCGGGCAAACUGAUGACAGAUGUGUUCGGGAACUAUGUGAUUCAGAAAUUUUUCGAAUUCGGAACCAACGAACAAAAGGAGCUUCUGGCGCAGCGACUCCAAGGUCAUGUAGUAGAGUUCGCUACACAAAUGUACGGUUGUCGCGUCAUACAAAAAGUCAAAAUUCGAAUUGUCAGUGAAUUGCGCCCGUGUGUCACGCGAUGCGUUAAAGAUCAAAACGGAAACCAUGUGAUACAAAAGUGUAUUGAAUGCGUCCCCCCGGAAGAAUUGGAUUUCAUCAUUGCAGCUUUUCGCGGACAGGUCUUUCACUUGUCUUCACAUCCAUACGGUUGUCGUGUGAUUCAGCGCAUACUUGAGUACUGCCUCAGCGAGCAAACACGACCCAUUCUGGAAGAGCUCCACAAGGGAGUUGAUCAUCUGGUCAAGGAUCAGUAUGGGAACUAUGUGAUUCAGCACGUGCUAGAACAUGGUCUACCGGACGACAAAUCACGUAUUAUUCGUAGCUUGCUCGGUCGCGUAGCCCAACUGAGCGCACACAAGUUUGCUUCAAAUGUGAUGGAAAAGGCCAUCGCCAAUGCUGGACGAGAGGAACGAGCUUCACUUAUCAACGAAAUUCUUCACCCCGUGGUUGGUGCCACAAACAGCGGUGGCGCAUCCGGGGGCAACAUUGCUGCUAGUGGUUCCUGUCCACUUGUCGAUAUGGUGAAAGAUCAGUAUGCCAAUUAUGUAGUUCAACGUAUGCUCGAACUGGCUGAGGUGGAACAGCGCCAUGCUCUGAUAAGCCGUAUAAGACCAAUGCAGAAUACGUUGCGCAAAUUCAACUACGGAAAACACAUUAUCGCCAAAUUGGACAAAUACAAUAAUAUUGGUGGUGCAGUGGGCAACGGCCCCAACAUUCAUAAGUUACUUAGUUCAUCCGAUUACCUGUACAUUUAUUCCUCCCGCUAUCUCCGGAUCUCCUAUUCUUGUUGUGCCUGUUCAGUUCCAACGACAACAACCAUUAAUGUGUAUGUGUUCAUACGACCUAUUGGACAAGUGAACAGUAAUCACGUUUGA